GUUAGCUACGCCCGCCGCUUGCCGUGGAUUCAACAUCAAACCCGUCUCAGAAAGUUGGUUGAUUUACGUAUUUGUUGGAGCGUACCAUGGAUUUAAUAUAAGUAGAUCAUCUACUGACAAACUUCACUUGACUUAUCUCCGAAAGUCAUCGAUCUGUAGGAGACCUGACGCCGCUGCAGGAGAGCUGUCUUAUAAGACUACGCCAGUGGCUGCAGGAGACCCACAAGGGCAAGAUCCCUAAGGACCAGCACGUGCUGCGUUUCCUGCGGGCCCGGGACUUUAACCUGGAGAAGGCCCGGGAGAUCCUGUGUCAGUCGCUCACCUGGAGGAAGCAGCACCAGGUGGACUUCCUGCUGGACUCCUGGGAGAGACCUCAGCUGCUACAUGACUACUACACCGGGGGCUGGCACCACCACGACAGAGAUGGACGCCCUCUGUAUAUUCUGCGACUCGGUCAAAUGGAUACCAAGGGUUUAGUGCGCGCCUUGGGCGAGGAGUCCCUUCUGAGACAAGUCCUGUCCAUCAACGAGGAAGGUCUGAGGCGUUGUGAAGAGAACACCAGAGUCUUUGGCCGACCCAUCAGCUGCUGGACGUGCCUGGUGGACCUGGAGGGGUUAAACAUGCGUCACCUGUGGCGUCCGGGGGUUAAAGCCCUGCUGAGGAUCAUAGAGGUGGUGGAGGCUAACUACCCAGAGACCCUGGGAUGUCUGCUCAUACUGAGGGCUCCACGGGUCUUCCCUGUGCUCUGGACCCUGGUCAGUCCAUUCAUUGACGAGAACACCAGGAAGAAGUUCCUGGUGUAUGCUGCGAAUGACUACCAGGGGCCUGGAGGUCUGGUAGACUACAUCGAUAGAGAGGUCAUCCCUGACUUCCUGGGAGGAGACUGCCUGUGUGAGAUCCCUGAAGGAGGUAUGGUCCCCAAAUCUCUGUACAGGACAGCAGAGGCGCUGGAAAGUGAGGAGCUGCGGCUGUGGACAGACACCAUCUACAAGACUGCCAGUGUCUUCAAGGGUGCCCCACAUGAGCUGCUGAUUGAAAUCUCCGAGCCCUCUUCUGUGAUCACCUGGGACUUUGACGUGUGUAAAGGGGACGUCAUCUUCAACAUCUACCACUCCAGGAGGGCGCCCCAGCCCCCCAAGAGGGACGUCCAGGGGGCCCACGGCAGCAUCGUGUCGCCAGCCACCAACAACAUGCAGCUGAUUGACAGAUUCUGGAUUCUMGGGAAAGACUACAGUAUGGUGGAGACAGCACUCACCUGCAAGGAGGGAGAGAGUGUUCAGGGCUCCCAUGUGACGCGGUGGCCCGGGUUCUACAUCCUCCAAUGGCGGUUCCACUGCUCCCCGGCCUGCUCUACCUCCAGURUGCCCCGGGUGGARGACGUGCUGGCCUCCCUGCAGGUCUCCUCCCACAAGUGUAAGGUCAUGUUCUACACRGAGGUGCUGGGCUCCGAAGACUUCAGGGGCUCUAUGACCAGUCUGGAGUCCAGUCACAGUGGCUUUUCCCAGCUGAGUGCCGCCACCACCACCUCUAGCCAAUCACAGUCCAGCUCCACCGUAUCAAGAAAAACCAGUGCUGUACCAACACCUGCCAAUGAGGACUUAACCCUACCCAAGGGGAUGAGAGAACUGUUAUGAACUGUGUGGAACAAGGAUAGCCUAUCCUUAAUGCCAUGUGGUGGAACAGUGGAGUUCCUACCUGUGAGCACCUUCUAGUACUUGCAUUUAAAGCACUGGAAUAUAUUAUUAAAAUAUACAUGUACAUUUUUUAAUCUGUAUCUAUAAUUUGCGACAUUAAGAUUGCUCUGGAAGUGGAACAUCUGCUAUAUGAAUAAAUGCAUAUGAAGAUGUCUUGCAAACAAUCAUCAUCCUCUUUCUUUCAAAACCAUUGUUCUUUCUUUUUUAAGGGAGGUGACAGAAAUGUUUCCCAUUUUAUUGAAACUGAACAAUAAAGCGCUUACUAUUUUCAG